GCUGGCAGGUCAAUCUAAGAUGAGAAAGAAGUUUGGAUUCAUUUAAUCGUUUGGGGAUAUAAUAACUCCCUUGACCAACCAUCUCCCACUGCCUAGUGCCCGCUUCAAGUCAAUGGUAAAAUCAAAAGGAAAUUGGUUUCCAUUGAUGGUCAAAACAAGGCCAUAUGAUCUAUCAUGUGGUGAUUAAGCAGCAAGUACACUCUACCUCUAUGAUCCUCUUGCCCUAUAAAUUAUCUCCACUAAUUUCCUCGAUCGUCUCCACUCCUCUAUACAAGUCCAUUUCCUUCCCCAAUCCUCAGUUUCAUAGUUUUUCGUUACCACCCAUGAUGCCACGCCUUACAAUGAGGACUAACCUCGUACUGACAACUCUCAUUCUCGCGGGAAUCCUCGCCGGCAGCAGCUCCGUUUCCGUCCCGGACGUCGUGACGCAGGCCUUCUUCGACGGCAUCAUUGGCCAAGCCGACGGCGGCUGCGCCGGGAAGAACUUCUACACACGUGCCGCCUUCCUCGACGCCGCCGGCUCGUACCCCGACUUCGGCAAGCUCGGCUCCGACGACGAUUCUAAGCGGGAGAUCGCGGCGUUCUAUGCACAUGUCACGCACGAGACGGGACACUUCUGCUACAAAGAGGAGAUAGACGGAGCCUCAAAGGACUACUGCGACGAGAGCAACACGCAGUACCCGUGCGUCCCUGGAAAGGCAUACUUCGGGCGGGGGCCAUUGCAACUGUCGUGGAACUACAACUACGGCCCUGCUGGAGAGAGCAUCAAGUUUGAUGGCCUCAACGCCCCCGAGACGGUGGCCAAUGACGUGGUGGUGUCGUUCAAAGCCGCCCUCUGGUUUUGGAUGAACAAUGUCCAUGGCAGGGUCACCCAAGGCUUCGGGGCCACCAUACGAGCCAUUAAUAGCCUCGAGUGCAACAAUGGAAAUUCCGGUGCCGUUGACGCCCGAGUCGGCUACUACCAAGAUUACUGCGGCAAGUUUGGGGUUUCUCCCGGGGAUAAUCUCCGAUGCUAGAUCAGCAAUAUUAUUCAAUCACAACGGGCGGAGAGAGAGGGAGAGAGAGGAGCAUACAGCUGACAGGCUCCUCAACUAUUUCUUCUCACCAUGCGCAUCUCACAGGCGUAUCUUUUCUUUUCUUUUCUUUUCUAAGUCUUUGUGUGUGACUUUUAGUCCAUCCAUUGCCACCCAUUAAUUAUGUAGCGGGUUGGGGACUCUGUGUUGUUUGUUUUUGAGAUAUGAUCCUAACAAUGUACGAAUAAAUGAAUAAAUCAAUGGCUAAGAGGAACAUUAAUUCCUCUACAUAGGAAUUUAGAAGCCCUCAAUAGUAAAAUAAUACUACACAGUUCCCUUGGUCA